AUGGAUAACAAAAAUCCGCAUUGUCAACAGAAUGGCGACAUCGGUUUACAGGGUAUGAUGACAGACGUAAUGAAUGAGCUGAUUGAUGAAGUCACACUUGGUCUUUGUUUUGAUAUCCACAGAGCUUCCAAGAUUGGCACAUUGUUUUUAGGGGAUACAGAUCCCAAGUCACAACGUGAAUAUGAAAUAGUAGAAAAGCUGGGAGUGGAUGUUUUUGGACAGGUUCCAACAAAGAAGCAAUUUGAAUGUGUCUGUCCAAACUGCCAACGGAAUCUAGCAGCAUCCAGAUUUGCUCCCCACCUAGAGAAGUGUAUGGGCAUGGGAAGAAACAGUUCACGAAUAGCAAGUCGCCGUCAGGCCCGCAUCGCCAAGGAAAGUGAAACAAGUAAUAGAGUAACGACAUUGGGGAAAGGUGAGAGUGAUGAACAUGAUAGCCCAGAUGAUGAUAAUGACGUUGACUGGAGUUACAAUGUGGACAAGAAAGUGAAAAAGUUAAAGAAAGAAAAACUUUUAACACACUCUCCUAGGAGGAACAAGCACAAUAAAUUUAGGAAUGGAAAUCACUUAACUG